GAAGAUCUCUAUCGCAUCGAUAUCUUAUUGAGUCGUUCUACGCAUCAUGGCUCGCCUCGGUCGGCUCACGCGCAGUGUGCUUUUCGUGCCUGGCAUUAAUACCGCCCUCUUGCGCGACCUGCCGCGUCUCGCGUGCGAUGCGGCGAUGCUCGACCUCGAAGACGCCGUAGCCCCCGCCAAGAAGCUCGACGCACGCGCCCUCGUCGCCGACGCGAUCACUGGCAGCCUCGGCCUCAACACGGAGAUCGCAGUGCGUAUCAACCCACUCGCGAGUGCGUGGGGCGCCGCCGACCUCGCCCGCGCCGUCGCUGCGGGCGCGGAUGCCAUCGUCGUGCCUAAGGUCGACUCGGCGGCGAUCCUGUCCGAGGUCGCGGCUGCCAUGGACGAUCACGGCGCGCCGCCAAGCAUGCGGAUCUGGGCCAUGAUCGAGACGCCACGCGGUGUCCUCAACGUUGAUUCCAUUGCGACCUCGCACUCGCGCCUAAGUACCCUCGUUGCUGGCACGUCCGACUUGAGCAAGGAGCUCCGCAUCGAGCUGACACCGUGCCGCCACGCUCUCGUGCCGAGCCUCGCGAUGAUCGUGCUCGCAGCGCGCGCAAACGACUUGGCCGCGAUCGACGGCGUCCAUUUCGACGUCACCCAAACCGCCGCAUUCGACGCGCAGCUGCGCCACGGGGUCGAGAUGGGUUUUGACGGCAAGACGCUCCUGCAUGCGUCGACCAUUGACAAGGCGAAUGCGGCCUUCUCGCCGACGCAGGCGCAGCUGCAGUACGCGAGAGAUGUCGUCGCGGCCCACAAGGAGGCCAUGGACACAAGCGCUGGCAUCGUCGUCCUCAACGGGAAGCUCAUCGAGCAAGUGUAUGUCAAGGCGGCGCACGAUAUUUUGGCCAAGCACGAAGCCAUCCGAGCCAAGACUCACUAA